UUUCAGCAUCAUUACUCCAGUAUUCAGUGUCACAUGAUCCUUCAGAAAUCAUUCUAAUAUGCUGAUUUGGUGCUCAAUUAACAUUUCUUAUUAUUAUCAGUGUUUAAAACAGUUGUGCUGCUUUUGAUUAGUCUAAUGCAACCUUUCUAAAUAAAAUUAUUAAUUUCUUUCAUAAAAGUUUUGACUGGUAGUACAGUCCAUAUACUGUAGCACCACAGAAAUAAGACCGUUCUUUCUUUUGUAAAAAGUCUGGCAUAGAAUCACUAAAUUACUUCAAAACAAAUAACAAAUUCCACCAAAUUAUAUAAGAAAUAUAUGUCAAUCUGAUUAUUCAUGAAGCACAGGAUAAAGCAAUAUUUUUAAUAAACAUACUUCAAGUGUGCGUUUCAGAAAUUUGUUGUCAUUAGAAACUACAAAAAAGAUACUAUAUCAUGCGUAAUUUUUUUUUUAAACGAACUAUCUAGUUAUUUUUUUAAACCUUCUGAGCGAGUUAAGCAUAAACAUGCUGCUGUGUCUCACUUUUUCGCUUUCUUUUUCUUUCUUUUUUAACUUUUUUAGCAUUAUUUUACAUAAUGGUUAUAAUAAAAAACUACAAAUGACAAUUGUAUGAAUUAUACAACGAUGCAUAAAUGGAAAAGUUACAUCUAAAAAUGUAGUUUUCAUACACUUUAGGUUUAAGCCACGCCCACAUCAGUUCUGUCCGAAUACAGAUAAUUUUGUCACUGUUAAGUAUGUACCAAUAUGGCAGUGAGUAUUCAUGGUAACAAUGCAGUAGAGCCCAGCUCUGUGCCUCUGUGUCAUCUCUUUCCUCAGAUUCAACCUGCUGAAGGCCCUACAGCCUAAGCACCGCUUGCAACAAAUGCUGUCGUCUCCCACUGCAUCUCCAGUACGAAGUCCAGCACCCGUCAGUAACCGCGAUCCCUACGGAAAUGCCUCUCUUAGCAGCAGUAGCAAUUCAGGAUCAUGCAAGGGCAGUGAUGGAAGCCCAACCCAUAGGCAUCACAUGAAAUACACUUCCUGCAAUGAUAACCAUGGAAUCCGGCCCCCUCCACCUGAGCAAUAUCUAACUCCACUGCAACAGAAAGAGGUGUGUAUCAGACACCUGAGAGCACGGCUUAAAGAGACCAUCGACAGACUACAGGACAGGGACACUGAGAUUGAUGAGUUGCGUACUCAGCUGUCUCGUAUGCAAGAAGACUGGAUUGAAGAGGAGUGCCACCGUGUGGAGGCCCAGCUGGCUCUGAAGGAGGCUCGCAGGGAGAUCCAGCAGCUUAAACAGGUUGUAGAUGUUGUCCGAUCCAGUCUGGGAGACACUGACACGGGGGUGCAGAAGUGCUUCCAAGACAUAAACCUCCAGAACCACAAGCUGGAGUCUUUAUUGCAAAGCAUGGAGAUGGCUCAGAUCAGCACCACCAAAGCAGGAGAAGCCCUGGCAGGUGGAGGGGUGGUGGGGGCAGGGCUGGAGGUCAGCGAGGGCCUGGUGGAGUCUUCCGAAGGCUCCCCAGCUCGCUCGCUUACCCGCAGCUCUACCUACACCAAGCUGAGUGACCAGACCGGCCCGGAACGUGGGGGUAAUGAAAACGGGUGUGACAUUCCAUGUUUGUCAGGCGAGGGCACGCAGGACAGCGGGUUUGUUUGCUGCGGAGACAGUGGAAGAGGAGCCAGCAAGGCAGAUCUGCUCCUGGAGGCUGCAUUUCUGUCUCAAGAGACUGCUUCGCUGCUCAAUGCGUACUCCCGCCUGCCACACUCCUCCACCUAUGAGGCGCUGUGCAACAGUGAGCCAGGAGUUGUGCCACUCCGCUGCAGUGGGAUCGGAAUGGGAACCAGUGUUAGCAUAAGUAAUCCAUGUCUGUCGCAUCAUCACUUAUACCUGCACCACCUCCGUGAGCAAGGCAUUCAAACCGACCAUUCUCCGGCUUCAGCCCCUGCCCACGGCCCCAGUACAUCUUUUAACUCUGAUCUGGACACUAUUGCUGAGCGUACCUUCCGCUCUCAGGCCUGCAGCCCGACCUCUACGUGGAUGUCUGAUGAGGGAGAUGAUCUGGAGUCGGUAACUACAGAGUCAGCCAUUACUGCAACAGUUGCCACAACUUCCUUUGUCAAUGAUUUUUCCACUAAGUCUGCACCGGUUGUUGCAAUGGAGCCUUGCGCACCAACUGUAUCAGUUACAAAAGGACCUGCAUCUUUAGCGUUGAUCCCCAUGGAGUCCUCUGUCAAGGAGACUACUGUUUCAGCGUCCCUUACAGUCUUACCAAUCACAACGACAGCUUUGACCACAGAGACCAUUGGAUCUCCAGUAACUAACUCUGUUCAACCGCUAACAGACCCUUUGCCAGACCCUGACACCUCCCCUUGCUCUGUGCAGCCAUUGGUUGAGACAGAAGAGGACAAUCUUCCACGGACCACUCAGCCUCGUAGUGUACUUACAGAGGCUGGGGUUGCAGGGGAUAAUGUUAUCAAUAUAGAUGCAGAUGAUGAAGAUGAGGUUGAUGAGAGUGCUGCGAACACAGAGUCCAAGUCGUCUGGCUGUGGUUUACCAGUAAAGAACUACUGGAGCCGGCACUUCCUAGUGGAUUUGCUUGCAGUGGUCGUGCCGGUGGUGCCCACAGUGGCAUGGCUCUGUCGGGGUCCACACCGGGAUGGUCAGCCUAUGUACCAUAUUGGUUCUCUAUUGCGGGGCUGCUGCACCGUGGCCCUCCAUUCCCUGCGCCGAGGAGGUGGUCUUCGACAUUACCCCGCAGGAGGAGGUGGUCCAGGAGGAAUGAAUAUAUGAGACCUUAUCUUCUGUCUUGGGAAGCCCUGAAGCCAGUGAUAUCACUGUUCUUCUGUAAGAUGUGCAAUAAGAGAGUGGUUAAAUCUUAAAAAUGAAUUGAGGGAACCAGUGGAAGCAUAGUGCCUGAGCACAGCACCUUAAUGCUGUGGUUCUCUAUGAUCUAUAUUCAAGAGGAGAUAAGAAUGAGGAAGUGGAAUCACUAGCAUGUAUUUACACUUACAAAUAAGAUGCUCAUGAAGACUUCAUGCGAGCUUUCACCUUUCUCCACAACCGCUACACUGAGUAAAGGGGCGAGAUGAUGUGUUCUGAAUGACUAACACAAUGUCAUUGACUCAGCUUUGUGAGUGACACUAAAAGAUCCCCUUUAAUAUGAUUGUAUUACCCUUAUUUCGAGUGAAGAGACGCAAUAAGUGAUGGGAAGGAACUGUCCUUUUGUGCGUCCCUCUCACUGUCACUGCAGAGGGUGUGUCUGUUGUAUAUGUGUGUUGAUUUAUCUGAGUGAGUGUUUUUGUUGUGUUAAUGUACAGUGCAGCCAAAGUAUCUGGAUUACUAAUGGCCAUCAUUGUUGUAGCCGUGAGUGCAGUAGUUAGCUGUCCCAUUACUUAUGCCUGUGUGGCUCAGAGCAGACAUCUUUUCCCCUUAAGGAGCCAGGCAAGCGCCUGCUGAGCUAUUUAUAUGCUUUGCAUAUACUACUAGUGUCCUAGAUAAAUGCUGUCACAAAAUGAUACUUAGUCCAUCUGGAGUAUUUUAGAAAAUGUAUUCUUUAUAUCAAAUGAGUGGGAAAGUUUGGUUUAGAAAUUCUCUGUAUGGUUGAAUGCUAAAUUGUGUAUUUAGGAAAAGGGUAACGCAUUUUAAGUAAUAAUAGUAACAGUAAGAAGGAUCCAGCGUUUAGACAAUGAUCAGGGUUAAAUGACUUUAAUAGGGUCAUGGGAGCUUUUUCACCAGAAAUGAAUUGUAUGAUUUUGAUUCACUGUGUGAUUUUUCACUGUGUGACCAUCAAAAUACUGUCAUAGCCAAAUGUUUUUGGAUAAAAGACUUAGCUUUAAUAAUGUGUAAUUGUAAUGUUCACUGUUAGACUAGGUUAUACAAUUCAAACUCAAACUGGCGAUAGCCACCAUGUGAGACGAGAGCGCUAAAAACAACACUAAAGAGUGUAAUUGAGGCCACAUGUGGAUUUGUGGUUCAGAUUUCACCAACACCACCAUUUCAAAGAAUCAUCACUGAUUUACAAAUUUACUUUAAUAUUUAUACUUCGCAUAUAUGUGACUGCAGAAUUGAUUUGCCAGAAAACAGUCACUAGUGCACCUCUUGUGGCCAGUGUUGCCAAUUGCUUUCAGUUGAAAGUAGCUAAAUGUCACUAGAUGGCGUCAUACUGGCGAGUGCACUGAUCUAUAUUAAUAUAAAUAUAGAUCAGUGGGCGAGUCAAGGAAUCUAGAUAAGGUUUGUCCAAGAAGUUGCUAGAUUUGUCGCUAGGAUUUUGAAAAAAGUCUCAAAAUGGGUGGGGAAGUUGCUAAAUCUAGCGAAAAAAUCACUAAAUUGGCAGCUCUGCUUGUGGCCAGGGGAGUGAGGUUUAUCUGCAGAGGUCAUACCAGCUGUCCUCCAUUACACAAUGAAACAUCUGAAAUUAACUUAUCAUUACACCCUGCUAAACAUGUUGUUGCUAUGCUAAUAUGCUAUUGAUGUAGCUAAUAUGCUAUUUCUGAAAUACGAUGUAAUGUAAUUCCACUAAAAAGAUCAAAGAAAGCAAAAUGUACUUAGUAAUGUAUUGUACAAAAAGAGGAGUAUUCAACUUGUAGAAAGUUAUAUCAUUUUUAAAAGUAGCGUGCCGAAACAAAUCUGAUUUUAAACCUCUGUUUCUAGCUUUUUCCAAACAUUUGGCCAUGACUGUAUGUCCCCUAUGAUACUCAUGUUGACCAUUUAUUUGAUUGACACUUAGGUGACAGGUGACAUUUACUGACAUGUCGAUUGCACUAUAAUUCACUUUAUAAGCAAUUACUUGAAGUAUACUUGAUUGUGUGUUUUUGUCUGUCCAAAGGCCAGUGCAUACAUGUGGGUUUGUGGUUCAAGGUUAGAUUUCACCAACACCACCAUUUUAAAAAGUAUCAUCACUGAUUUACAAAGUUACUUUAAUAUUUAUAUUUUGUUUAUAUGUGACAGCAGGAUUGAUUUGCCAGAAAAAAAGUGUACAAGAUAAUCAGCCAGAUGAACACUAAUCGUAGUUAUUUGCAUCUCACAUAUUGUCUUAUCUUCUGUCCCUCUAGUCUAAACCAUGAAUAGCCGCUGCUUUUCAGUCUACCUCCUCCCUCUGAUAUCGUGUACAGUAUGUGUAGUGUGAUAUAGUCUUUAUUUGUUGUCUGUUUGCAAAGUUCUCUUUUAAAUAAUUUGCUGCUUUCUGUUGUGCAGAUUUUUGUGUGGCCCUGUAACGUUUUCUGGCGCUUGAUAUUUAUUCUUUCAACUGCUUGACAAUCUUAAUUUGUGCUUUGUGGUGGCAAGUGUGUACAGAUGUCUAUAAUUUAUAGUCUAGUCCCUGCACUUUUCACCUCAUUCCAACUAAGCACUUAUCAAAGAACCUUACAACAGAUGUAAGAAAAGAAGGCAUAUAUGUUCCUUUUUUCUUUUUCUUUUUUUUUUUAUCAUUAUUAUUGACUUUGAUGUUUGUUGAAACUAUGAAUGUGUGGCUUUCAGAUAGUUGUCUUUUGGCUUAAUUGAAUAUGAGGUUAAAUGAUCUUAAAUGUUAAGUAAUCAAGCGUUAUUCCAAGAACAGGUUUCCUCCAAACUACUACUGUCUGUUUGUCAAUGAAAUGUAUGUAAAUAACUAUCACAUUAGUUAUUUGGCCAGAUAAAUGUUUUACGCUGAUGUAAAGCUUUGUAUAAAUGCUGAAUUGACACAUAA